GGAAGCACAGGAACACGCAGCAGAACUUUCCACGUCGUGCCCGAUCGACAAGAGCUCAUAGCAUGGAGUCAUAUCGUUGCCUUUGAUUUUGAGGGUUUACUUUUUGUAAACUUGUGAUCGCACUGUAAAUUAUGUCUCUGGACGAUAAUAUUUCCAGACAGGCAGAUGAGAUUGAGGCUCUGACUGCCAUCUAUGGAGAUGAAUGGUGCGUAAUUGACUCAGUUUCAAGAAUAUACUGCAUCAGGAUAGCAGAUAGUCUAGAUGAUCCCAAAUGGAAGUUGAGUCUGCAAGUUGUGCUUCCAGACGACUAUCCAUUAUUGUCACCUCCUCAGUUUCAAAUUAAUGCCACAUGGCUGAGAGGGAAUGAGCGCACUGCACUCGAAAAUAAACUUUCUCAGAUCUACUGUGAUAAUAUGGGUGAGGAUUUGAUUUUUAUGUGGGUGGAAGGAGUUCGUGAGUUUCUUCAAGACAAGUCAGACAAAGAUCCUAUCUCUGACAGUGUUUCUGAUAGGAUGGUUGUUCAGACAACUGAGGAGGAUGAUGCUGAUGAUGAUUUUGACCCCAGUUCUCUUGGUGAUGUUACGUUUGUAGCAUAUCAAGCUGAUCUAAACAACAGAUGUUCAGUGCCGUGUCCAGAGAUCAUUCACGGCAGCACACUGUCAGACAGACGGAGCACCUUCCAACCUCACUUGGCCUCAGUGACAGACAAACUUCAGAUCACAGCAGUUAUGCAAAAGCUGCUGGAAAACAAGAAGAUAGCAAAUGCCACCCAUAAUAUGUUGGCCUACCGCAUCAUGACUGGCUCUGGGCCCGUCUACCAGGGCUGCGACGAUGAUGGGGAGACGCAUGCAGGAUCUAGAAUGCUGCAUCUACUACAGAUAAUGAAUGCAGAAAAUGUGAUGGUGGUUGUAUCCCGGUGGUAUGGUGGAAUACAUUUAGGCCCUGACCGUUUCAAGCACAUUAACAACUGCACAAGGCAGAUCUUAGAGGAAAACGGUUUUCAACGAGACAAGGAGGAGAAGAAAGGACCUAGAAGUGGCAAGAAGUCCAGAUAGCCCGCAUUGGUCUUUGUGUAUUUCUUUGUGUGUUUCUGGUUUGCCCUGUGGCCUAUGAGAAUACUUUGCAUAUGUGAUAGUGAACUGACCCCAGAUGUUGAUGGACUGGGCUCUUUCUGGAGUAACUGUUUUUUCUGAGCGCCUUCCUUUUAGUAAGGGUUCGUUCUUAAUGAAUUACUGUACAUUGGUCUAUUGAUCUAUUGACAAGACAAAAUUCACUGAGUGUUGAAUUUCCUGAUUUUUUGUUGCUUUUCUUAACUAUUUCUUGGUCAGAGACAAAUUUUUCAUUGCAAUCUUGAAAAUAAAUGAGAUAAGAUACU